AUUUUCGGGCAUUCGCUAUGUACCCAAACCUGACGAUAAUCGAUAGUCCGAUGGACAUAGAAAUUUAUGAUCCUAACACAAACAAGAUAAAACAGUGGUUACAAGUCAGAGAUGCCAGUGGUGUUCUUACUAACUUUAUGAUAAUGGAUACUCAGCCUGUACUUGGAGAUUGGAAGAUCAAAAUUAUUACACAUGGUCGAUCUGAAGAAAAGGUUUUCACUGUUGCCCACUAUGUGUUACCCAAGUUUGAGGUAUCAGUAGAAGUGCCUUCAUUUGGUUUAGCGAGUGAUACCACUUUACAAGGCACCGUUAAGGCAACAUAUACCUACGGAAAGCCUGUAAAGGGAACAGUCAAACUUCGAGCUAGACUGGAUUACUGGUAUCGUCCAUGGCAAUACAAUGGAUCAGAACCAAUGGUAGAACUCUCAUUGAAUUUGGACGGAGAAUCCAAAUUCACACUUCCUUUAUCAAACUUUAUGAUAAACAAUCGCAAUUACAUCACAUCUGGAAGAACUCUCAAAGUAGAGGCAAAUGUUACUGAAAGCUUGACACAUAUUACUUUGAGCGGGAAAGACUCUGUGAAAUUUUAUGCGCAUGCCGAAAAGAUUGAAUUUCUUCAGUCAAACCCAAAUACUUUUAAACCAGGACUACCAUAUACAGCAUAUAUGCGUGUUGCUAGACAAGAUGAUACACCUGUGACUGGAGCAAAAUCAUCUGUUGUCGUUCAUACCACCGUAACAUAUCAACUACCAGAACCAACACCCACACCUAAAUACUAUUAUUAUCCACAAACUAAAACCUACGCAAUAACUGACAGGUCUUUUACUGUUCCAGACUCUGGUGUAGUACCUAUUCAGGUAGAAAUACCAGAUAAUGCAACUAGUAUUUCACUACGGGCGACAUAUGGAAAAUUGUCAUCUUACAAAACGCUUUCUAAAAGCUACUCACCAAGCGAAAGCUAUAUUCAAUUAUUUUUACGUUCAUCUCACUUAAAGGCAGGCAGUGGGGCAAAUUUUGAAAUACAAUCAACACAAGCAGUUACAUCUUUAGUAUAUCAGGUAUUGUCUAGAGGUGCAAUAGUUGGAGCAGGCACUGUUAAUGGUGGAAAUAAAAAGACUGUACCUUUCUCCAUAGCUGUGAAUUCUAAGAUGGCACCAAACGCUCGUAUUGUUGUGUACUAUGUUAGAACAGACGGUGAAAUAGUAACAGACAGUAUCAGCUUUGAUGUCGAAGGUGUUUUUAAUAAUCAGGUUUCUAUUUCAUUUGACAAAACUAAAGCUCAGCCUGGAGAUCCAGUAAAUGUACAAGUUACAGCUGAUCCAAUGUCAGUUGUUAAUUUGCUAGCCGUCGAUCAAAGUGUCCUUUUGUUAAAAUCUGGAAAUGAUAUUACACAAUCACAGGUUGUAGAAGAAUUGAAAUCAUAUGAUACCAAACACAAGAGUAUAAGCCCAUUCUUCUUCGGAGGUGGCGGUAUUGGUAUUGCAGCCCGUAAACGCCGAAUGAUAUGGUGGCCAUAUCCUACAUAUUAUGGUGGAUCAGAUGCAUCUCAGAUAUUUUCGAAUGCAGGUGUGAAAGUAUUAACAGAUGCUACAGUAUACCACCACAAGCAACAUCUGAUGGUCACGUGACAAUAUCAACAACAGUUCCAGACACUAUAACAUCUUGGAUUGCUAGUGCAUUCGCUGUCAAUAAAGUAUCUGGGCUUGGAAUAGCUUCUACGUCAGCCAAGAUCGAAGCCUUCAAGCCAUUCUUUGUCAGCCUUAAUCUUCCAUACUCUGUAGUACGAGGAGAACAAGUUGUGUUACAAGCCAAUGUCUUCAACUACCUGACCAGUGAUGCUGACGUGUUAGUGACACUGGAAAAGAAUGAUGAUUUUAGAAGUAUUGUUGUUGCCUCUGAUGGUACAACGAGUUAUGUAUCCCAAACACAGACAGACAAUGUCCACGUAAAGGCAGGUGAAGCCAAAUCUGUGUAUUUCCCGAUUGUACCUGCUGAGUUAGGACAGAUUUCUCUGACUGUUAAGGCUCAGUCAGUAAUGGCAGCAGACGCAGUAAAACGGCAACUACUUGUAGAGCCUGAAGGUGUACCGAAAGAAUAUAAUACCCCAAUUCUUUUGAAUUUUAACAAAGGUGCAACUGUACAUGAGACUGUUCCAGUUUCUCUUCCACAAUCAGUAGUAGCUGGAUCACAGCAUGUUAGAGUUUCAGU